AUGAGUGAAGCGGGUCGGGGGGGGGGUAACCAUCGCCAUUGCCUUCCAGAGGUGGUUUGCGGAGCCCCCUCCAUCUACCUCGACUUCGCCCGCCAGAAACUUGAUGCAAAGAUUGGAGUUGCAGCGCAGAACUGUUACAAGGUACCAAAGGGUGCUUUCACGGGAGAGAUCAGCCCAGCAAUGAUCAAGGAUAUUGGAGCCACGUGGGUAAUCCUGGGCCACUCUGAGCGAAGACAUGUUUUUGGAGAGUCUGAUGAGUUGAUUGGGCAGAAGGUGGCUCAUGCUCUAGCUGAGGGCCUGGGAGUCAUUGCCUGCAUUGGAGAGAAGCUGGAUGAGAGAGAAGCUGGCAUAACGGAGAAAGUGGUUUUUGAACAGACCAAGGCCAUUGCUGAUAAUGUGAAGGACUGGAGUAAAGUGGUUCUUGCCUAUGAGCCGGUUUGGGCUAUUGGAACUGGUAAAACUGCAACUCCCCAACAGGCUCAGGAAGUUCAUGAGAAGCUGAGGGGGUGGCUGAAAAGCCAUGUGUCUGAUGCUGUUGCUCAGUCAACUAGGAUCAUCUAUGGAGGUUCAGUCACUGGCAGCAACUGUAAGGAGCUGGCCUCUCAGCAUGAUGUGGAUGGCUUCCUUGUUGGUGGAGCUUCUCUCAAGCCAGAGUUUGUGGAUAUUAUCAAUGCCAAACACUGAAGCAGCCUGUGAGGAGCAGUCCCUUGAGGUUCAGAGCAAGAAACGGAAGCAAGACGGGACCUUUCAUUGCACACGUCUUAGUACAGAGGCCUCCUCUGGGGCUUCCCCCCCUCCACGGUCAUUGUUCUACCUGUGCUGCUAACCCCCCCCACCACAUUGGAGUCCUGUUAGUGGGUGCCUGUCUCAGCAGAGUCUUGACAGCCUCCUCUCUGAAUUGUCAAAAUCCUUGGUUGCCUGUUGACCUGUAAGAGCCCAGAGUCAACCUGGCCAGUGCCUCCCCUUUUUUUUCUGCCGUGCUGCAGGGAGAGAGGCCACUGGUGCUGGGGGAAGGAAAAAGGAACUACCCUCUCGUGCACCCUUCAGCUCCAUCAGCAAGGAGCCUGUCAGCUUAGACCCUUGUGAGAUGUCUUACCUCACCUGUGUCCCGUACUGAACA